AUGAAUGGAAACCAAAACAAUAAAGAUGACAAUGAUGACAUUUAUAAGUGGUUAUUUACAGUGAUUGACUUCUGCAAUCUGAACGAUGUAAACAGCUGUGGAGAUGGGACGUGUAUCUUCCACAGGACGGGAAAUCGUUGCAAAUGCCCGGAUGGUUGGAUGGGAAGAAGAUGUGCAAGGCCAUGCCAGGAUGUCUAUCUGAGCUGUAAACGAUGGCGAGAAGAAGAGCGAUGCUCAUGGACCAGACCGAUCUCACCAUUUUUCACCGAUAACUGCGCCUAUUCUUGCGGAUUCUGCCGCAGUAAUGGACAAAAGCUUCCCCUAGCCUUGCCGCCAAUACUAGACAACAUUGCCUGGUUUGUUGGCAGAUGGGAAUGCAAAACUACAGCUGGAGAACGAUUCCCUGAGCCACUCAUCGGACCUUAUCGCGAAGUGUUAGACGUUCAAAUUUCCGACGUGCCAAUGUUCGACAGACCGCCAGUGAAUGUCAGCACCAAAGCGAUAAGCCUCGAUGGUAGCGAUAUUCACAGCGAGGUUGGCUUCAUGACCAGCAAACCUUUCCUAGAAGAUACUGGCUUUGUCGAAUUCGACAAGCCCGAGAAAGGAGAUGACUUGGUAGCCAUUGAAACUGUCGGAAAUAAUGGCCUCCAAAUUAUCGAAGAAGGAGUGGUCCGAGGCAACACUAUCAGACUCGAGCAGAAAUUCAAACGAUCCUUUUUUGGUCCUGGCCAUGGCCCAAGAGCUGCUAAACGAAUGUUCGUGUUAGUGAGACCGGACGUUAUGGAAGAGCGCGUUAUCAUCACCGAUUCCCAUGGGGUCACGAAGAAAUGGCUCAAAAGGUACAAGCGAACAUUCAACUACUUGACCGAAUUUGUACGAGAUGUAGGAAGAAAAUAACUGCCCAUCUAUUGCUAAUUGUAUAGUUGAAAUCUGUAUUGAUAGCGUACUUACCAGUUCGAAACUCCCGGAAAGGCUGAUCGUAUUUUUGACGGCAUCCUGAAAAAAAUUGAACAAAACUUGCCAUUUCUAUUCGGGUACUUGCACUUAGCGGUGUGAAAUUAUUUCGAUGCACUUGUCAGUCUCGCGGGAAUUACCAACUCUUAUAAAAACGUUUCUGGGAAAUGUAAAUCCACAAAUGCAAAAUCAAUAAAUA